AUGCUUAUUUCGACAAUAAUCGCCGCAGCUUUGCUGCAAGCUUCCGCAGUAUGGUCUUCUCCCGUUGAAGCCGACGCCCUCGUUGCUCGAGGAGCAUCGAAGAGGCCAAACCAUCCAAUCAAGCCGUACCACCCCGGCAAGCCUUUCUCACAGUCGCCUGCGCGGACAAAGACUUGCACGGUCAAGACCAACGGCAAUGGCCAGGAUGACUCUCAAUACGUGCUGAGCGCCAUCAAGUCUUGCAACAAUGGCGGUCAUGUUAUUUUCACCAAGGGAAAGACUUACACCGUCGGCACUGCGCUUGAUCUCACUUUCCUCAAGCACAUCGAUUUGGAUGUGCAAGGAACCAUAAAAUUCACCAAUGACACGGACUACUGGCAAGCCAAUGCCUUCAAACAAGUGUUCCAGAACGCCACUACCUUCUUUCAACUUGGAGGCGAAGACGUCAACGUCUACGGAGGUGGUACUUUCGAUGGAAACGGUCAAGUCUGGUACGAUUUGUAUGCCAAGAACAACCUGAUUCUCCGUCCGAUCCUCUUCGGAACUAUCGGGUUGAAGACCGGCCGCAUUGAGGAUUUGAACCUGAGGUACUCUCCUCAGUGGUACAACCUCGUGGCGAACUCAACCGAUGUGGUGUUCUCUGAUAUUAGCAUUUCUGGAUAUAGUAGUAGCUCGAAUGUCGCUAAGAACACUGACGGAUGGGACACUUACCGCUCAGACAACAUCGUCAUCCAGAACUCGCAUAUCGAUAACGGCGACGACUGUGUGUCAUUCAAGCCGAACAGCACGAACAUCGUCGUGCAGAACCUGAUCUGCAAUGGCAGCCAUGGUAUCAGUGUUGGUAGCUUGGGACAAUAUAAGGGCGAGGUCGAUAUCGUGAAGAACAUCUACACAUACAACAUUAGCAUGUCAGACGCCUCUGAUGGCGCCCGCAUCAAGGUCUGGCCUGGCGUUAGCUCCGCCCUAUCCGACGAUUUGCAAGGCGGUGGUGGUCUUGGAGCCGUAUCCAACAUUACCUACGACGGCAUGAUUCUCUCGAACGUGGACUACGCCAUCGAGAUCACCCAGUGCUACGGCCAAAAGAACCUGACGCUCUGCAACGAGUUCCCAAGCAAUCUCACCAUCUCGGAUGUUACCAUCAAGAACUUCCAGGGUACCACGAGCAAGAAGUAUGAUCCACUUGUUGGAUAUUUGGUCUGCUCAAGUCCAAGCGUGUGCAGCGACAUCAACAUCCAGAACGUGACGGUAAAGAGCCCAAGUGGCACAAACCAGUACGCGUGCGCGAACAUUGAUGGCAUAGAGAGCCAGGUCAACUGCCAGCAAGCGGUGUAA